AUGUCCACGGUAGAAACAGUUUUCAACCCCCUUGCGUCGGCCCCUGACUCCGUGCCGGGGUCAGUACCCGGGCCGAUCCAGGACGCAUCAUCGGGACCAUCGGGGGCAGCAGCAGCGGCAGCAGCAGCGAAAACCCCAGCAGCACCAGCGCCGGAGGAAGCCACAGCGGCACCCACGUACCCACCCGCCGUCAUAACACUGAGCCGCAGUGGCUACAUCAUCCGCCCCAUGGUUCCCGCUGAUGCCGCCUCGAUGCAAGUGGCCUGUGACUCGCCCGCCAUGGCGCAGUACAUGUCCUACCGCUUCUCGUCCCCCUACACGCUCGAGGCCGCACACCACUGGAUCGGCUUCGCGUCGGCCUUCCGCGUGCCUGGCCCGGCCGGCGAGACCAUCGCUACGGCGGGCGACGUAGCCCCCAUCAUGGUUAUUAGCGACCCCAAGACCAAUGCUGUGGUGGGCGGCAUCGGGGUUAAAACGAAGGAGGACGUCGAGCAGUUCAGUUUUGAGGUGGGGUACUGGACUGCGGAGCCGAUUUGGGGUAAAGGUGUUAUGACCGAGGCCUGUAAGGCGUACUGCAAGUGGGUGUUUGAGACAUACCCCAAGGUGAUCAGGUUGUCAGCGGAGGUUUUUGGUGGGAAUGACGCGAGCAUCAGGGUGUUGGAGAAGUCGGGUUUUGUGCGCGAGGGCUUGAAGAGAAACGGCGGUGUCAAACACGGCCGGGUGUUUGACGUUCAUCUCUUCGGUUUGUUAAGGGAGGAGUGUACCUGGUAG